AUGGGAAGAAAAAAACAUAAAAAUAAAUCAAACAGUUCAUCAAACACAAAUAUUUCCAAGUCAAAUGUUAAUAAAGAAAUCGCCAUUACUCAAACUCAAGAUGAUACUCAAAAAUUGAAUUCUUCAUUUUCGGUUGCGACUAUGGAAGAAAUCAAUGUGAUACCCGAAAGUAAGGAGAAAUCCGACUCUGAAAAUAAAUCUAAUUUAGAAAAUAUUUGCGAAACAGCAUCAGAUAUUACUCGAAACGUUACAGUAAUUGACAAAGACUUGGACGGUUCGCAAUCCGAUCAAAUAUCCAAUAAAGAUACGAUUGAUGUUCCUACAAGUGACUAUAACGAUGAAAGGAAUUCCAUUUAUGUUCCUACCAGUGAUUACAACAACGAAAUGGAUUCUAUCUCUAUGCCAGCCGACGACGAGAUUUCACGAUUGGAUUUCUACAGAAAAAAAGAAAAUUUGUCAAAUUUAAGUUCGACAGCAAACCAAAUCGAUGGCUUUAUCAAAAAUAAUUUCAUAGAAAACGACAGCACUACGCCGCCGCCAAAUAUAUCAAAUAAUAAAAUAUAUAAUGACAUCCCUGUUCAUGUUAAAUUUGCUACGAAUGGAAUGUCAGUUCACAGGGAAUCGAGUUACGAAUUUGACGAUUCUGUACUAAAUCAAUUAGAGCACGAUGAUUUUGACGAAGGGCUUCGUUCACUUCCUUGCUUCGAUGCAUACCUUCCAUUCACCGAAUAUAUAAGUAAAAAGAAUGAAAAGAAAAGUUUCAAUACAAAAACGAAUAUGAAUAAUCGAGUUAAAGCAGAUAUGCCUGGCAAAAUUGAUAAAAAACACAAAAAUGCUCAAAAAAAUAAAACCGAUAAGAGAAAACAAAAUGUUACCUAUAAAUCUUCAACUUUCAUCACAACUACGUCCACUGCACAAUCUACGAAAACUUCUAAAUUUCCAAUCGAAUUAGAAGCAAUUUCUCCGAAUCUGCUUGCAACUCGACCAUUUUUACUUUAUAAUGUGGCAUACUAUUUUGAUAACCUAGUAGAGAGAAUAAGUGUUAAUAUGGAGAGAUAUAUUGAUCGCUCUAUUGGAUUACCAAUUG